AUGGAUUCCAAAGGAAAUAAAGUAAUCGUCUGCGACAACGGAACAGGGGUGAGCAGAUCUGGCUAUUACAUCUUGGAAAGCGCUUUCUAUAAAUUGAUCUUUCUUUUUGUUGUUGCUUCCAGUUUGUCAAGUGCGGAUAUGCAGGCUCGAACUUCCCAGCUCACAUCUUUCCUUCGAUGGUGGGAAGACCUAUUAUUAGAUCGACGGCGAAAGUUGGAGAUAUUGAAGUGAAGGUUUGUGCUGUGUCUUGCAUACUACAGUCUCUCUUUUAACAGCCUGAAGCCCUGCUGUAACACUAUAUCUUCAAAAAUUAUGUCAACCAGUUGUUUCGUUCUGCAGGAUUUGAUGGUCGGCGAUGAAGCAAGCAAACUUCGGCACAUGUUGGAAGUGAAUUAUCCCAUGGAUAAUGGAAUUGUUCGAAAUUGGGACGACAUGAAACAUGUAUGGGACUACACGUUUGGAGAGACAAAGCUUAACGUAGAUACAAGGAAUUGUAAAGUGAGUCAAAUUUACUGUCAUUCCGGAAAUGCCUUAUAACUCUUCAUCUUAACUACUUAACGACCUUUCCAGACCAUCUGAAAACCUUCAUGUUUCUCACGUUGAACUGUCCUUUGUAAAAUCUAGGUUUUGCUCACUGAGCCACCGAUGAAUCCCUUGAAGAACAGAGAGAAAAUGAUUGAGGUACAAGAGUGAAGUUUGGUCUCCUUAUGUUUCAGCAAUUUAACCUUAACCAGUUUAAGGGUCGUUGUGCUUCAAACUGCUAGUUCAUUUAUUUUAAAUCAGAUGGAAAAUCGAGAGCCAUGAGUGGCUACCCUUAUAGUUUUUAAACUAAACUACAUAGCAAUUUGCUUUUAAAAUGACAGGAAGGGUUGGGUACUUAGAGCUCGUAAACUUCCAAUAUACAUCUAUGCUGAACAGGGGACCCCAAUAUAAAAGAAUUCCAAGGGAUGUGAAAAAGUUUUUGUUGUAAUAAUAAUGAUAAUAAUACUUUAAUUAUUCUCUCUUCUUAUGGGGCUUUUAAGGGAUAAUGUAACAAAUAAUAGAAAAUAAUAUAAUGGUUUAAAAUCCCAACUGGUAAGGGGUAUAUUUUACAAGCGUGGCCAAAGAUUUGAACUUGGGCUACCGAGAACAAAAACUAGCUAGCAGGCAGGGCAGGACUUGAACUUAGGGCCUCCGAAUUAUUUUUCCAAAGCUCUAACCACUUGGAUAUGUUGCCUCCUCCUUUUUCAGGGGUAUAUUAUUUCUGGGUCCUGCUCCAAACGUUUUUUUCUAACUGUGGAGAGGAAUGUCAUCUGUUUAUACCAGAGUUUCAUUACUGGUAUGCAGGAGUGUACUUUAGUGUGCUUUCAGUGAACACUUAAUGAUGAACUGCCUGAAUACUGUAGUUACUGUUGAGGUUAUCACCCACAGUCUGUAUGGAAUCAGGAACAUGCUCCAGGGGUCAAAUCCCCUUGUUUACUGAGAACGAAGAGAGAAGUGGCAGGAAAAACGGUCUUAGAUAUGGUGUAUUAUUAAAAACUGAAUCAUUGGAUAAUGUAAUUCUAGAGCUCUGAUUGGCUUAGCCAUCAUGGUAUACCUUUAAGGCAUUAUACCAUGCUCUCCAAAUAUGGUAACUCUACGCAUCUGUUCAAAAUUAAAAACAAGCUGAAAAUUGGUUGUUUCUACAAAAAAAAGUCGGGAAGAAUUCUCAAUAUUUUAUGGGCGGUUGUAAUAAAACAAUUAUUAUUCCACUCAUGCUUGUGGGAUAUUAGAUGAUUAUAGCCAACUCGGCGUUACGAGCCUCGCUGGCUAUCUACCAUCUCAUAUCCAAUGUGCAGUCAUAGAAUAAUAAUUGUUAAUUAUUAUUCAUUCAAAAUAUUUCUCUGUUUCUGAUGGGCUUAAAUCACACACAUAAUUCAUCAUAACCAGCUACUGUCAACCAAAUUGGAAGAAUUUUGCCAUAUUGAACUGAUGGUCAACGUCAAAAGUGAAGCAGAGUCGCAGAUUAUUGAACCAAUAAUCGAUAAGACCUGGGGAUGAGGUUGAGUUGUUUUGGUAGUGAGAACAAAAAUGGUGGACUUUUCACUUGUUUCACCUGCAAGAAAUAGGCAAAAUAUUGGCUAAAAACAUAGCAGGAACAACAAGACAACUUGAAGGACGGCAUCUGCUAUUUAGAGAAUAUUUGCAGAGCUGAACAACCCUUUAUCUCCUAAACUUGUCAAUUAACGGCACUAUCGAAGAUGAACUUCAACAUUAUGGGGGUAAGAAUAUUUUAGCUUGUUUCGAAACUAGGAAUUAUUUUGAAUGAAUAAUAAAACAAUUAUUGAAGUCGGCUAUGAUAUCAUCUGAAGAAUUAUGGAGAUCUCUGGGGGUGUUAUCAGUAUAACACCCUACUCGAUCUCCAUAAUUCUUCAGAUGAUACUCAGCCUCAUUCAAUAGUAAUUGUUAAUUAUACAUCUAAGGUACUAGAUUUUACUCUGGAGGUUAAAACUCUUUCAAAAUUCCGGUUUGUUUCCUGAAAUCCUUUCUUUUAUUGUUGCAGGUUAUGUUUGAAAACUAUCAGUUUGAUGGAGUAUACAUUGCCAUCCAAGCCGUAUUAACUCUUUAUGCGCAAGGUCAGUAGAGUGAGUGUUGUGAAGUGGCAUUAGCAAAAGAACACCUUAACUGAUCUUGUCUCAACAAAAUGCCUUAACUCUGUCAUAUAGGAGAUCAUUUGAAAAUGUCACCAGUAUAGAAUAUCUGCACUUAUUCUUCAACCAUCAUCUGAUGGGGAGACCAUUGGGGGGUCACGAAAUAUAGACUAGCAAACCACAAGAAUAAUACAGUAAGCUGUGACAGAAAAAAAUGUGGCAAAGAUGUUGUCUUCAUUAGGUCAUGAGAAUACAUGAAGACCAAGUGCAAAAAGGGCCACUAGAUUGAGAUCUUGUGUUUAAAUUAAAACAGGCUUUGCUAAAGUCAGUUGUGCUUGUGAAUUUUGAUCUUGAGGAUGAAGUUUAAUAGUAAUGCUAAUACCAACUAAAGAAUAUUAUAGUAAGACGAAUGGCCAUGUUUGCAUCAGGUCAGUGGGACAAGGUGAAAGUCUGAGUUUGCCUAGUCCCUAUAUGGUGUCUUUCCAAGCCCUCUCGGUCAAUGCAUUUUGGUGACGUAUCCGAGACGAAAGGCCGGGAGACGCCUAGACAAUCUCGGAGUGCACAUGCGUGAACAUUUUUGCAUUUUUGAAAAGUUCCCACGUUCAAAUCUAUAAAUAACUUUGCGCGUGACUAUCCUUUGCUUAAAGAUCAGCACUAACCUGGUUUCUGUUAUCAAAAAACAAAAAUAUUACUUUGAAUCGGAAAGAAUUCUACUGUAUAACGUGCAAGUAAUUUCUCUUUUAGUUCAUUUUCAAAUGAACCAUUAAAAUGAUAUUUCUUUAUUGAUAAAAAGAUUUGAAACAGUAGUUUGUUGACAUUCUACCAAAUUUAGAGACCAAAUNAAAGAUGGGAAAAACACUGAGCUCACACAUUAUCCACUCGCUAUGAAGUGAAUAUUGUUGAAUAGUCCGAGAUAGCGAACCAAUCAGAUUGCUUGAAUCACCAAGAUCACUGAGUGUGUAUAUACUAAAAGGCAUUAUACCAUGCUCUCCAAAUAUGGUAACUCUACGCAUCUGUUCAAAAUUAAAAACAAGCUGAAAAUUGGUUGUUUCUACAAAUAAAGUCAGGAAGAAUUCUCAAUAUUUUAUGGGCGGCUGUUAUAAAACAAUUAUUAUUCCACUCAUGCUUGUGGGAUAUUAGAUGAUUAUAGCCAACUCGGCGCUACGACACUUGCUGGCUAUCUGCCAUCUCAUAUCCAACGUGCAGUCAUAGAAUAAUAAUUGUUAAUUAUUAUUCAUUCAAAAUAUCAUGAAAUGUUUCUCUGUUUCUGAUGGUCUAAAAUCACACACAUAAUUCAUCAUAACCAGCUACUGUCAACCAAAUCUGAAGAAUUUUGCUAUUUUGAACUGAUGGUCAAUGUCAAAAGUGAAGCAGAGUUGCAGAUUAUUGAACCAAUAAUCGAUAAGACCUGGGGAUGAGGUUGAGUUGUUUUGGUAGUGAGAACAAAAAUGGUGGACUUUUCACUUGUUUCACCUGCAAGAAAUAGGCGAAAUAGUGGCUAAAAACAUAGCAAGAACAAGAAGACAACUUGAAGGACGGCAUCUGCUAUUUAGAGAAUAUUUGCAGAGCUGAACAACCCCUUAUCUCCUAAACUUGUCAAUUAACGGCACUAUCGAAGAUGAACUUCAACAUUAUGGGGGUAAGAAUAUUUUAGCUUGUUUCGAAACUAGGAAUUAUUUUGAAUGAAUAAUAAAACAAUAUUAUUGAAGUCGGCUUUCAUAUCAUCUGAAGAAUUAUGGAGUUCUUGGGGGGUGUUAUCAGUAUAACACCCUCCUCAAUCUCCAUAAUUCUUCAGAUGAUACUCAGCCUCAUUCAAUAGUAAUUGUUAAUUAUACAUCUAAGGUACUAGAUUUUACUCUGGAGGUUAAAAAUCUUUCAGAAUUCCGGUUUGUUUCCUGAAAUUCUUUCCUUUAUUGUUGCAGGUUAUGUUUGAAAACUAUCAGUUUGAUGGAGUAUACAUUGCCAUCCAAGCCGUAUUAACUCUUUAUGCCCAAGGUCAGUAGAGUGAGUGUCGUGAAGUGUCAUUAGCAAAAGAACACCAUAAAACUCUUGAUAUGCUCCUCUAGGAAAGAGUUGUAGAAUUCUUACAGAGAUCAAUAAAGAGUAAAAGGUGUUUGCGUUUAUUGGUGCAGUACAGUCUAUUGUCUCUAAGACAGACACCUUUAGGACCGGUACUAUGUGUCUGUCUAAGAUGAAUGUCUUUUUUACAAGAGGCCCAAAUAAAGGGAGUAAAGAAAGGCAGGAACCAACUCUAUGCGUGUCAGUUUUACUGAGAUGUCUGUAUUGUAGAGGUGCCUGUUAAGAGAGAGUCAACUGUGAUCUUUCUGUUUUUUUUCUUAGGAUUGUUAACAGGUGUUGUAAUAGACUCAGGGGAUGGAGUGACCCAUAUCUGUCCUGUAUACGAAGGCUUUGCUCUUCCUCACCUCACUCGGAGACUUGACAUCGCUGGUCGUGAUAUCACCAAGUACCUCAUUAAGGUAAUGCUAUCCACAGCAGUCUGUUGAGGAUAUCAUGCAGUAGUAAAUGUGGUCUUGUGCUAUCAGUUUAGUUCUGGUUUCAAGACUUGCCAAAUGGAUCUGCUCCUAAAGCUUGAAAAACUACAAUACGUGUCAAUAAACAACAUAAAAAUUUUCUGAGAUGAUGGUGACUAAUGACAAAUUUUUUUAUGGAUUUUAAGCUCCUUCUGCUGAGAGGAUAUGCAUUUAACCAUACAGCUGAUUUUGAAACUGUUCGCAUGAUGAAAGAGAAGCUCUGUUAUGUUGGGUAAGCUCUUCUGCAGGAAUGAUUUGAACCAUUAGAAUGUUGUAUUUGUCCUAACAAACUGCAUUUGUACUGUUAAUGUUAUAUUAAAUUAGAUCAUUUUUAAAUAAAGGGCGUAAUUAAUAUUUUAUAAAACUAUUAUGCCAUUAAACUAUCAUACACCUGUACAUUAAUCUCUCCCCUGUAGAUUGUUCUGUAUAAAAGCUGUAAAGUAGAACUGUGAGGAAAAAAUAAAAUUGUAAGGAUUUGUGUCUUAGAACACCAUGUUUAUAGCAUAACCAGAUAGCAAGAUGGCCCCUCCCUUACACUUUCUACUCUGCAUGCUAACUAAUUUUGAAAUUCUUACAUGUAUUUUACUUUCAGUAUUUUUUUUUCUUCAAAUUUUUUCGCAUAUUGGUUUUAGAAAUAGCAAGUCACUCGAUUGAACCAUAGCAGGAUUAGCUCAGUCAGUAGAGUGCUUGACUGUUGAUAGUGGGUUCGAUUUUCAAGACCAGACCACUAAUCAGAAAAUAACUGGAAGCCUUUGCCCUGCAAAAGACUAGACCUUUGUGUGGGUAAGAUGACCUUGUAGAAUGGUGGUGCCAUCUCCAGUAGGAGACACAAAAAUAGUGUCUCCAAUUAGUACUUUUGUGCUAAAUACAUUGACACUCAAAGUGCAUAAUAAAAAAUGUUGGACAAAACUCACUGGCCUUUCAAUUAGACUUGUUGUUACAUAAGGUAUGUUGUUUGGUUUGCAUUCUUAGAUACAACAUAGAACAGGAACAGAAACUUGCUUUGGAGACAACAGUUCUUGUGGAACAGUACACAGUAAGGAAUUACUUCAUUGUGUUAUGAUAAAAAAAUAAUAACCGUUGUUACUUUUUUGUAAUUAUGUAAGCAAAACUGGGAAAAGUGAAUGAGUGCUGUUCACUUAAAGCAUCCUCAGUGAAUAUUUGAAGCUGAAGAGCCAGAAAGAAUUUUUUUUUUUCUUGCACCAAGUCCUGUCAGCCAGGGAAAUUGUUGUCUUCUUUUCUCAGCGAAGGUGGCUACUUUUUUCCCCAAAGGCAAAAUAAUAGUAAUAUUAUUUUUAAAGAAAUAUUAUUUCAAACCUUGUUGAUACUGUUUGGUACUCUACCUAAACGAGCUGUCUAUUUUAAGUUUUAUUGAAACCCCUGCAGCCCAUUUUGUUGUUGUUAAUAAUUAUGUCAUUAGUAGUGCUACAAGGUGUUAACACAAAACUGGUCAGUGAUUCAUUUUCACUCUCAUGCCUGCGAUUUCAUCUUUAGCUCCCUGAUGGCCGGAUAGUGAAACUGAGUGGAGAGCGAUUUGAAGCACCUGAAGCCCUUUUCCAACCCCAUCUAAUCAACAUUGAGGGUGUUGGUGUGGCUGAGCUUCUCUUCAACACCAUCCAGGCAGCAGACAUUGAUACAAGAGCAGAGUUUUACAAGCAUAUUGUACUGUCAGGUGGCAGUACUAUGUAUCCUGGGUUGCCGAGCAGACUAGAGAGGGAAAUUAAACAGUUGUAUCUUGAACGUGUACUCAAGGGAGAUACCACUAAGUUGUCGGUAAGUUAUCAGCCUCUUAACCCUUUAUAAACCCCAAUAUCAAAACACGAAUUUUUCUAACUGAGCUCCAUAAUUUGUUUAUGGUGUAAGUUGAGAGAAGAUGCCAAAAAAAAAAUACAAUAGAUUUUGGGGGCAUCAUUGCCUUGAAUCUCAUGUCUUCUUUCCUUGAUUAUCUCCUAAUACUGUGGGAAGAAAUUUGACAGUUACUCUUUUAGAGGUUCAUUGUUACAGGGGAGUUUCAUUCCCAGCUUUUUGUAGCUAGUGUGUAAUAUGUAAACCAUCCAUUUGACCUCCAAAAGGAUUGUCUCAAACUUUCACCUUAUAGAACUUAACAUUUAAUUUCCUUGCAGAAAUUUAAAAUCCGUAUUGAAGAUCCACCCAGGAGAAAACACAUGGUCUUUUUGGGAGGGGCUGUUCUGGCAGACAUUAUGAAAGACAAGGAGGGAUUCUGGAUGACGAGAGAGGAAUAUCAAGAGAAAGGAAUAAAGGUUCUAGAGAAGUUAGGAGUUAAGGUUGGCUAGGAAAUUAAUAUACGAAAGUAGAGAUCUUUGAAAACUUGAAGAAAAUUUGGAAUUGAAUUUCAAGUGAUGGUCAAUCUCUUUGCAUAAAACUCUGAGAUGGCAAGUUUUGGUUUCAUAAUGUGAAGUUACAUGUAAUUGUUAUCCAUUAGAUUCUGAACACCGAUUUAAGUUCUAUUUGUCUGUAAAUGAUAAAUGCAACAGGAUGACACCACUGUUAUCACUUUCUGUGACAAGUGGUUUAUUUUGAUUUUCCUCCAGUAAAUUUCAUGAUUUUCAAAAUUUUUAACUUUUCAAAGAGGCUACUCGUAUAAAGACGAUAAAAAAUUACAUAAGAACUAGUCAGAGAAAGAAAAAGUCGAGAGACCAAAUUGGAGCAGGGUAAGGAAGUAUUUUGAAUUGAGCAUCCUUGAAAAUAUUUGAUGCCCAUUUUAUAUUCCUUCGCCAUUUCUUAGCUAUCCUUUGUUGAUUUUAGAUAGUCUUUGUUCACAAAAGUUAACUUAAUUUUGCGAACUUAGUGAACUUUAUAUUUCGCAAACUNAUGAAAGACAAGGAGGGAUUCUGGAUGACGAGAGAGGAAUAUCAAGAGAAAGGAAUAAAGGUUCUAGAGAAGUUAGGAGUUAAGGUUGGCUAGGAAAUUAAUAUACGAAAGUAGAGAUCUUUGAAAACUUGAAGAAAAUUUGGAAUUGAAUUUCAAGUGAUGGUCAAUCUCUUUGCAUAAAACUCUGAGAUGGCAAGUUUUGGUUUCAUAAUGUGAAGUUACAUGUAAUUGUUAUCCAUUAGAUUCUGAACACCGAUUUAAGUUCUAUUUGUCUGUAAAUGAUAAAUGCAACAGGAUGACACCACUGUUAUCACUUUCUGUGACAAGUGGUUUAUUUUGAUUUUCCUCCAGUAAAUUUCAUGAUUUUCAAAAUUUUUAACUUUUCAAAGAGGCUACUCGUAUAAAGACGAUAAAAAAUUACAUAAGAACUAGUCAGAGAAAGAAAAAGUCGAGAGACCAAAUUGGAGCAGGGUAAGGAAGUAUUUUGAAUUGAGCAUCCUUGAAAAUAUUUGAUGCCCAUUUUAUAUUCCUUCGCCAUUUCUUAGCUAUCCUUUGUUGAUUUUAGAUAGUCUUUGUUCACAAAAGUUAACUUAAUUUUGCGAACUUAGUGAACUUUAUAUUUCGCAAACUUUACUUGACAGUUCCUCUCUCAUUAGGUGUGAUUUGGAUGUAAGAUCCACCAUUUUAUCACUUACAUUCAAAAGUAGAAGUAAAAGCUGAUAUAGAAAUGUUAUAUUAGACAUAAAAGAACCUUACGUUUGUUUAAGAUACACGGAAGUUAGGCCAUGCUACAGUUAGAUGUGGUUCGCACAUAAUCGUUGCAAUCAUCUGCAACACCUUGUUUUUGGGGGAAUGAUCAAGAUGAUCCGGUUAUGACAUUAAUACCAGCGUACAGAUAAAUUCAAGUGCUAUUCAGCUGAUUAAAAAUCCGCGAUUAACCAGAUCAUGGUGCUUUAAAUCAGAGGUGUCUUCAUGUGAUUGUCUCAAUCAUCUGAGACGCGUUUUGCGAUGACCUGGAAGGUGAAGACAAUUAAAAUUAAGCUACGGUAAAACGGGCUACAAAAACGUACCACUUGUUUGUAACAUUACUGCAAAAUGAGGUAAAAAGCUAGUUCAAACCUAUCAUGCAACAAAUCAGGUUGUUGUAAGUUGCGUGAAUACUGACUUCUGAUUGGAUAAAAUUACGCGAGAGUCGCGCCAUAUACGGGAGUUACGUCACUUGCUGCAAAGCGCUGGUAAAACGCGCAACAUGUAGAGAUUUUGUUGCAAAACGUGGAACUACUCUCUAAUUUCUGCAACAACCUUAUUUGUUGCAAGACGGGUUUGAUUCGUGGGUGGUGUUAGCUAUUCAACUCGUUUUGCAGCAACGAUGCCAAACAAGUUGCACAUUUUUGUUUUUCUGGUUUAACCGUACCUUCAUGAAAACCAGGCCUUAGCUAUAAGUUGAAGCUAUGUGUGAAACGUUUUGUCAUGCAGCCCAAAAGUGAUGAGAGCUUGAACCUGUUAUGUGAAGAGUUUGUUAACUGUACAGAUUCGUUUCGUAUUGUUCAUUUGUUAAGAAAUUAUGCUAAAUAUUUUGGUAUGAUAACACAUGAUUCCCUUUGUGAAUCUUGUCGUUGUGAUCUUGUCAUUUCUUCAUCUCUAUGCACCAGUUGGAGAGAUGGGAAUGUUAUGAAGAAAAGAAAGCUGAAAAAUAAAUAUUUUUCCUCCACAUUUGUUUGAUCAUGCUGUGUUUAGAGUAAAUAUUACGAGC